AUGUUUCACCAAAUAUUGGUGCGGCCUGAAGAUCGUAGUGCGCAGUUGUUUCUAUGGCGAGAUUCGCCGGACAAACCAUUGGAAACCAUGGUGAUGGAUGUGGCCAUAUUUGGCGCAACGUGCUCGCCUGCGCAUGCACAGUUUGUAAAAAAUUUGAAUGCGUCAGAACAUCAACAUGAUUAUCCCAGAGCAGUUGAUGCUAUCACCCGAUGGCAUUAUGUAGACGACUACAUACAGUGUGUUGACACUAUCGAGGAAGCGGUGGAAUUAGCCCUGCAGGUGACUGAAGUCCACUCCAGGGGGAAAUUCGAAAUUGUUAAUUGGAUAUCAAAUCGAAACGAAGUUCUGGAACAAAUCGGCGCCAACAAUCCAAGAGCUGUAAAGAAUAUGCAUUUUGGUGAAGAUUCAGAAGGUCAACGAUUAUUAGGAAUGAUUUGGCAACCGUCCUCCGAUGUAUUCUCCUUUCCCGUGCAAUUUUGCAAGGAGAUUGCAGAUUUAGUUAAUUGUAAAACCAUUCCAACGAAAAGGCAAUUAUUAAAAUUGGUUAUGAGUUUGUAUGACCCUUUGGGACUGAUUUCCGUAUUUACGAUUCAUGGAAAAAUAAUCAUUCAGGAGGUGUGGCGAGAGAGAAUUGACUGGGACGAACAAAUACCUACAGAGAUUUUCACUAAAUGGAAACAGUGGCUGAGCGCAUUGCCAGAUAUAGAAAGCUUGAAAAUUAAACGAUGCUACUUUCCUGGGUAUUCGAAAAACACGUAUGACCACGUUCAACUGCACAUAUUCGUCGAUGCGAGUGAGCAAGCGUAUGCAGCAGUAGCUUAUUUGCGAGUCGUAGAAGGUAAUCAAAUUCGAUGCGCUCUGGUAUCUUCGAAAACAAAGGUUGCACCUCUGAAGAUUUUGUCUAUUCCACGUCUGGAGCUGCUUGCGGCCUUGAUAGGAGCCCGGCUAAGGAAGGUUAUAGAGGAAGAACACACCAUCACCAUCCAUGAAGUUUUUUUUUGGAGUGACUCGACGACAGUACUGUCAUGGAUACGAUCGGACAUGCGUCGCUAUAAUCGGUUUGUAGCUCAUCGAAUAAAUGAGAUACUAGAAUUGUCCAAAAUUGAAGAAUGGAGAUGGGUUCCCACACGCCUCAAUGUCGCUGAUGAAGCUACGAAGUGGGGACGAGGUCCUUCAUUUGACGCAGAGAGUCGUUGGUAUAAGGCACCAGAAUUUCUAUACGAACUGGAUGAAAACGAAUGGCCAAGAGAUCGCACUAUUCACGCUGAAUGUAGUAAGGAAGAAUUACGCAUCGAAAGUGUUCAUACUCAUGUGGCACGUGUUCCAAUCAUCGACGUCAACCGCUUUUCCAAAUGGGAACGCAUUCUACGAAAAACAGGCUACGUUCAUUAUUUUGAAGAUUGUUAUAUGAAGACAUUUCUGGGGAAGCAGAUCGACACCAUUGGUAUGGGAAGCGAUCACUUGAAAAGAGCAGAACGUACAUUGUGGAGAAUUGCGCAAAAUGAUUCCUUUUCGAAAGAAGCAGAUGUACUCCGAUAUAAUAAAACGGCGAGCGUUUUGAAUAAGAGAAAGAUUUCAAAAUCUAGCCCCAUAGCUUCCAUGGGCCCAACUAUCGACGAGUUUGGGGUGAUUCGAGUAGAUGGUAGAAUGCAGGCCGCGGAUUGGAUGCAACACGAUGCCAAGUACCCGAUUAUCCUACCAAGAGAUCAUCGCAUUACACACCUUAUACUGGACUGGUAUCAUCGACAUUAUGGGCACGCGAAUGAUGAAACUGUCGUCAACGAACUGAGACAACGGUUCAGAAUACCUAGACUACGAGUUGAAUUAAAAAAAGCCAAAAAGGCCUGCCAGUGGUGCAAGGUCUACAAAGUAUUACCUGUGGCUCCAAAAAUGGGUCCGCUUCCACGCGUACGACUUACACCCCUGGUACGUCCGUUUACCUUUACUGGGAUUGACUACUUUGGUCCAUACCAAAUUAAAAUAGGAAGAAAAGCGGUCAAAAGAUGGGUAGUGUUAUUCACCUGUUUGACUUUAAGAGCCAUUCACCUAGAAGUUGUUGCAUCCAUGUCAUCCGACUCAUGCAAAAAAGCUAUCCGUAGAUUUGUAGCACGUAGAGGGGCCCCUGAAGAGGUUUACACAGACAAUGGGACCAAUUUCCUUGGAGUGAGCCGUGAGCUACAAAUGGAAUUGAAGGCGAUUAACAAUGAUUUGGGAAGUACGUUCACCGACACUAGAACUCAAUGGUUUUUCAUACCACCUGCGGCACCUCACAUGGGUGGAUGCUGGGAACGGAUGGUGAGAUCCGUUAAAACAGCGUUGAAAUCGUUGCCAUCUGUGGAUAAAUUUGAUGAAGAAUCCUUUCAUACAGUUCUAAUUGAAGCUGAACACAUGAUUAAUUCAAGACCGUUAACAUUUAUACCGCUUAAGUCGGAGAAUGAAGAAUCGUUAACUCCCAAUCAUUUUUUGAUGUUGGGGUCUCAAGGAGUAUGCCAGGGUGUUAAAAUGGCUGACGUAAAGGGCAAAGUUCUAAGGUGUAGCUGGGACCUGAUUCAGAGUGUAUUACAAAAUUUCUGGCAGCGGUGGGUGGUUGGUUAUUUACCAACUAUUACCAGACGAACAAAGUGGUUUGAGGAUGUUCGUCCGAUCGAUAUUGGAGAUUUAGUCGUAAUAGCUGAUGAGGGUGCGAGAAACCGAUGGAUCCGGGGUCGAGUGAUAAAGGUGUAUCCUGGAAAAGACGGAGUAUCUCGAAUGGCUGAUGUGCAGAGCAACGGGCGAGUUCUAAGUCGUCCGUGUACGAAACUUGCGCUUUUGGAUGUAAGCAGUGAACAUGACGCCGAACGAGAUGUUCUAUCGACAUGA